AUGGCACCGGGCAGAGGGCACCGGGCUCAGGUCUGCGCCUGCCCCCUGCCCCGGGCCCUGCUGCUCCCGCUGCUGCCCCGGCACCACCGCCCUGCUCCCAUGGGGCAGGUCCCGCAUCAGCCCAAGGGCAGGGGCCGGAUUGAGCCGCCUGAGCCUGAUGGUUCCAGUGCCGGGGGGCAGAGACCGGGGCCAUGGGCGUGCUCGGGGGUGUCCGUGCUGCCUCCCGGCUGUGCAGGGUUUGGGGGCACCGCGGAGGGAGCCUUGAACCAGCGGGCAGCGUGCCUGGGGACAGGACCCGGAGCGCGGGGUUCAGGAUGUGUCCCUGGUCCCCAGAGCAUCACCCUAACGGCUCCUUGUCCGCAGGCAGGGGCUGCAGGAGGGACUCUGCUGCCCAGUGCUGCUCCGGGGAGCCAGGGUGGAAAGAGCUUCUCCCAUGGCGCCCCCCACGUAACAGCAGCCAAACUGGACACCGUGGUCCCACCAGAGACCCCCCCCGGCCACCUCCAGCGCAGCCCGGACUCCCCCGUCACUGCCCUGCCCCACACCAGCCCCACAUCCACAGGCAGAUGCUGCGAUGCCGCAACCAUCACUGAGCCGUGCAGCGGCGAUGUCCCCGAGGUGGAGCUCAGCAGCCUCCUGCGGGAGCCGCUGCCCCGUUACACGCUGCGGGCCGACACCGUCUUCGGGUACGACCACGAGGACUGGCUCCGUGCCCCCCCCGGCCCCCCGGGGCCCGCGGCCCCGCUCACGCCCCGGCAGAUGGAGGAGACGCUGCGGUACUUCCGUGAGUGCGGGGUCAGGGCGGCACCGGCGCUCAUGGCCGCUAACGGGAUAACAGCAACGGGAUAA